GGGUGGUUUUUCCUGAUCCUCCCAUGCCGACCACGGAAAUUACUUUCGGUUUUGAAUUUCCCUUUAUGAACCACCCCAUCAGCUGCUCUUUUGGCUCAUUAAUGCCCACCAAAUCAGUGCUGUCUAGAAGGAGGGCAUCGCCUGCAGUACUAGAGCUUGAGCCUCGCUCAAACUUUCUUGAUGAUGCAGAAGAAUUUGCAAUGGCAAGCACGAAUUCCACGCUCGUGUCUAUCAGAAAGUUGAUGCUUGAAUUCAUCAAUGACAUCGUCUAUGUCAUAGGCAAUGUCUCUGACUUGCCUGACCCAUUCUUUGGGCAGUCGCAGAACAAUAUUAAUAGCCUUGAGGCCCUUUGGAAUUGAGAGGAACGAAUAAGACACGGUUUAAGCUAGCCUUAACAACAUGACCAUGCUUCUAAAAUUUGCGAGUUUGCAAGUACAAUUGUACGAUUUUAAAAUUCUAGGUCCCUAAUUCGCGUUAACUUGUAUAAAUACAGAGUUGGCACAUAAAUGGUGAUGGAUGAAGGUUAUUUAGCUGUUAGAACUCCGUCUUGUUCAUUUACAAGCUAGCAUUUACGAUGUAAUAUAGCUAAUGCUUUUGG